CAGACAGCAUACCCAAAUAGAAUAUUGUGACGACUUUGAGCAGUGAAGCUGUGACGGUAGCUUUACUUCUCAAACAAUUAUAUAACGUGGCAAGACGGGACCAUACGCCUCAGACUCGCUGUGCUGGUGCUUCUUGAGUUUGACACGUACAUAGAACUCGCAUUUUCAGGAAGACAAACGGGGAAAAAAAAAAUUUGAAAAAGAAGAAAUCAAUUUCGGUGAAAAUCGCCAAUGACAACGUACUUGAUGUGGGCCAUUAUGUGUCUUUUUGAAAAGUAUAUCCAUGUGGGACUCCCCUAUUGGAACACUUGUAAAAUUCUGGCUUGCUGGGCCUCUACCUGUCAGAUCGAAUCGACACGUGUCCCUCGUGUUGUAAUUUUGUUAUAGCGCGAGAUGAGAAAUUGACCGGAGAAAAAAAAAUGAUAUUGAAUGACGCUAACGGGAAAUGGAUCGUCACGGCGGACACGUGUCCUGAUGGAGGGGAAUAGUGGUCGGUGACGGUCAGGUUGGGCAGUACGGGCAGAUGCCCGUUGGAGUUGGCUUGCCCAGAGGCAAGAAGAUAUUCCUCGCCGGAGAUGAUGGCCGGAGGCUAUGCGGAAUUGCAGGACGGUGAGAUACUCGAAAUCUGUCAAUGACGGAGUUCAACCGGAGAAUGCUGGAAGGCGACGAGGAAGAUUCACCUGCGAAGUGCAGGCAGCGUCGGCGCCGGAGAAUCGAGAUGCGACGUCUGGCUGCGUUGUCUGCGGCGAGUUCGCCGCCAUCGGAUAGUCAAGGCCUGAGGGAGAAUAGUGAGGAAAGCCAGUCGGAGUCAGAAGAGAAGCGGAUUCGCACGGCGGAGAGGAAAUAUUUUUCAACCUCGCAUAUUUCGACUUCUGCCAAUGGCGCGGAGCAGAGCGUAGAGGCUCCCGCGAGGGAACCAGUGGUCGGGAUGAUGUCGGUGUCCGGGAGGUCGCGUGAUAUGGAGGACGCCGUAACCACACGUACUUGGCUCUGCCGGCCGGCGAUUUGCCGGCGGCGACCAGUUCACUUCUUCGCCGUCUAUGAUGGACACGGUGGUCCUCACGUGGCGGCAAUGUGUAGGGAGAGGAUGCACGUGUUCGUAGAAGAGGAGCUGAUGAGCGUGGAUUGCACGUGGGAUGUCCAAAGCGUGGAUGGUGGCAGCGGCAGCAGCUACACAGAGGGUGAUGAGUUGGACGAAGUGGAAGAGGAACGGUGGAGAAGAGUGAUGAAGAGGAGCUUCGAAAGGAUGGACCAGGUGGCAUUGAGCACGUGCGCUUGCGGGACCAUGGGUUGUAAUUGUGGGCGCCACCCAAUUGAGGUGGCGCUCGGUGGGUCCACCGCCGUGGUGGCCGUUCUCACACCCGAUCAUAUCGUCGUCGCCAAUUGCGGUGACUCACGCGCCGUCCUUUGUCGUGGAGGCCGUGCAUUGCCUCUUUCCAAUGAUCACAAGCCAGAUAGGUCAGAUGAACUUAAAAGAAUUGAAGCUGCCGGGGGUCGUGUCAUUUUUCUCAAUGGAGCGAGAGUUGAAGGCAUUCUCGCAAUGUCUCGAGCAAUAGGGGACAAGUAUCUAAAACCAGUUGUAAUAUCAGAGCCAGAUAUAACUUUCACGAAAAGAGAACCGGAUGAUGAGUGCCUAAUUCUUGCAAGUGACGGUUUGUGGGAUGUUCUCUCAAGUGACUUGGCUUGUGGGGUGGCUAGUGAGUGUCUUCGUGAAGGAAAUCGUUCUGCUUCUGCAAUAGAUCUAAAUGCUGGGCCUCAGAUGGAAGAUGAAGGGGCUGGAGCAUUGUAUCCUUCUCGUAGUGCAUUGGCUGCUGCACUGCUCACUCGCCUAGCUUUGGGAAGGAAAAGCUCGGAUAAUGUCAGUGUCAUAGUUGUUGAUUUGAAGAGGAGCUAAGCAGAGAGGAAAUAGGAUGAAAAGCAAUGUAAUGUUGAUAUGCAAUCUGUACAGUUUUAAUGGUGACUGAAAAAAAAAUUAUGACACCAAUAGAAAGAAAUCACCAAUAUUAGAUUGGAUGAAAUUGUGUGUUAGAUAAUUGCAUCUUAUUUUUGACUUUGGUUAACCUCUUUCCUUUAGGUUUUAGCCUGUGGAGAUGUGUUUUGCAUGUCACAUAUUAUUGUUUUAUUGAACUUAUUGGGCUCCCAAAAAAGAGCUUAUGUUUGUUAAUUAGGAUCAUGAUCUUUAAUGAAUUUUCCUGUAGUGGAUUGUAAA